GCAAAGAUGAGAAAAAUCACGACCCUUUUUUCUUUUUAGGCGUAGGAAAAACCAUUAUUAUCAAACACCCUACAAUAAUAAGAGGGAACUGUCGCUGGGCCUGUUCUUCCAGUCUCAACUUGCUACAUUUCAUGCCCCCAAUUCCCUAUCCGGGUUUUUCUGUUCUGUGAAUUCUUUUAAAACUACCGAGAAAUCUUAACUGGUUUUGAUUCAUUGAUUCUUGGCUUUCUCACUGAUCCUUUUUAUAUAGAUUUACCCUUCUCUUGUCAAAGAAACCAAGAAAAAAUAUAUGUUUCCCGCCUUUUCCUUUCCGGAUUCUUCAGAAUCCGUCUUUUUUCUCCACUGGGUCAUGCUUUGUCCUCCUUUUUCUACGAUCUUGCUCCUUGGUUCUUCGUAUUUUGCUCUCUUUUCAUGAUUUUCUGGAGCUUCGGAGUAGUUUCAAAAUUUUCACUUUUGAGCUUCAUUUCUUCGAAAGUUUUCGGCUUCUUUGCUUAAAAAAGUAAAAUAAAUAAAAUAAUAAUAAAUAAAUAAAAUCCAUCUGGGUUUUGGUUUCUCUCUUGGGGUUUACACCGAAGCAACAAAAAUUGCUUACGUUUUUCCAAGAUUCCCUUCGAUUCUCAAAAGGUGGGGUUUUUUUAGAUUAUCAGUUGAUGCUAUUAAGAAAAGAAGAUUCUUGAUUCCCAGUAAAAGAUUCUGAAUCAAUGCGUUUUAAAUCAUUGUAAAGAUUACAUUCCUUCUAACUUCUAACUUCUGUCUCUGUUUCUAAUACUUAUCUCACUUUUUAAGUUUAAUUUCAAUGCUUCUUAAAUGAAUUAUCGGGCUAUUGUUGUGUAUUAGUACUAGGAAUUAUGGAAACUCUCUAUCCAGCUUCGUUUAUGUCAAACUCCAAUUGGUUUGUCCAAGCGAGCCAGAGCACAGAAUGGACUAGAGAAGAAAACAAGAAGUUUGAGAGAGCGCUUGCUAUAUACGAUGAGAACACUCCGGACCGAUGGACAAAAGUGGCGGAAAUGAUACCGGGAAAGACUGUGUGGGAUGUGAUCAAGCAGUACAAGGAGUUGGAAGAUGAUGUCAGUGAUAUAGAAGCAGGGCGUUUUCCGAUUCCCGGUUACCUUUCCUCUUCCUUCACAAUGGAGUUGUUUGAUGAUCGCAACUUUGAUGCCCAUAGAAGAAAAUCUUCAACAGCUCGUGGUCCUGAUCAGGAACGGAAGAAAGGAGUGCCAUGGACAGAAGACGAGCACAGGCGGUUUCUGAUGGGGCUUCAAAAGUACGGUAGGGGGGACUGGAGAAAUAUCUCCCGGAACUAUGUAAUCACCAAGACUCCAACUCAAGUGGCAAGUCAUGCUCAGAAGUACUUUAUAAGGCAGCUUUCAGGAGGGAAAGAUAAGAGAAGGCCAAGCAUCCAUGACAUCACAACUGUCAGUCUAACAGACACCACACUGGAAAAUAAUAAACCUCUCCCAUAUGAUCAGUCUUUUGUGCUGCAACUACAGCAAAAGCCAACCAGCGCUCCAAGAAUGUCACUUGACUGGAAUCAACCUCCCAAUGAAGCAGUCACGGUUUUUGACUCAGCUCGUGGAAACCUUUUAAUGUCAUCUCCACAUGACUUUAAAGCACAAGGGCGAAAUCUGUAUGGCAAUGCUCAUUAUGGAACUCAUACCAAGCCGCACAACUCGAUCUUUCAAUUCCAAUCCUCAAGACAUCAAAUACCUGGAUAAGGCAGCUAUCACGAUUUAACAAGUCUAGGCUGAUCAUGUUCAGUAUAGUUUCACUGUCAGUGCUUUUGUGAUGGUUUUUCUGUGUGAUCGCCUGAUUGAGGGCUUGAGCUUCAUUGUUUUUGAACGAUCCAAAAGGAGAAAAUAUUAUAAUGAUUCAAAUCUCAGACUUAAGUAUGAAAUCAAAUGAAGACGCUUCAAUUUAUGUGCA